CAAGCGGCCGGUGCUUCUAAAUGGUGACUGUUUAUGACGGAACACCCUUUUAAAAGAUUAGCUUGUCAUUUCUGGAGAAGGAUCUGCAUCCGUGGGGCAAGAGGUUGCAAGAUGACUAGAAGACAAAAAUGCAAAACAAUAAACCUUUCUCCAACGGCUAUAAAAACCAUUUAAAGACCAGUAAAUCAAGAUAGUCUUCCAGGAAAUCAUUAUGAUGAACAUUACGACAGCCACGUUUACUCUGUCCUGUUCAUCCAAUGUCACGGCAGCACCUCUUGGGAGUUAUACCAUCACAUGGAGGAUGGCUAUGGUCACUCUUAUUACAGUCCCACUCUCGGCCAUCACCAUCAUUGGUAACAUCCUGGUCAUUGUUGCAUUCCGGGUCAACCGUCUCCUCAGGACGGUCAGUAACUACUUCCUGUUGAGCUUAGCUGUGGCUGACCUUAUCCUGGGCACCAUCUCGAUGAACCUCUACACCACUUACAUCUUGAUUGGACGCUGGACAUUAGGCAAUCUGGCCUGUGAUGUGUGGCUGGCUGUGGAUUACGUAGCAAGCAAUGCCUCUGUUAUGAACCUGCUGGCAAUUAGCUUUGACCGUUACUUAUCUGUCACGCGACCUCUGACCUAUCGGGUCACUCGCACAACCAGAAGGGCAGUACUGAUGAUCGCUCUGGCAUGGGGUAUAUCUUUCCUGCUUUGGGCUCCAGCCAUCUUGUUCUGGCAGUACAUAGUAGGUAAAAGGACAGUGCCUGAAGAUCAGUGUUCGGUCCAGUUCCUGUCUCAGCCUGUGAUCACAUUUGGGACAGCCACUGCAGCUUUCUACUUGCCUGUCAGCGUGAUGGUGGGCCUGUACUGGCGGGUGUACCGAGAGACAGAGAAACGUUCACGGCAACUAGCUGGAUUAAUAGCGUCUCGUGGGAGUGACUCAGACAAGUCAUUACAGUCCCGUUCCAGUAGCAGCUAUAUAAGUGACAAUGAAGAAGCCAGGCUUCAGACAAGCAUCCAGCCAGAGUCAGAAGAAAGCAUUAGAACCCUGUGUCCCUCCUUCACCCAGUGCACAGCAGCAUGGUGGAAGAAGAGCAAGAUACGCUACACUAGAGCUCCAUCACACACUGUAAACAGCCACACACAAACUGGCACAGACUCUUCUGAGGAUAGGCAGAAAAAUGCUGCAUGUAUUCCUCUUGGUCAGUUCAGUCAGAGGCCAAACUCGCUGAAUGAUUCUGAUGUUGAUCCUCAUGAUAUCCAAGUGGCAAACAGCCAAUCAGACUGUCAAAAUUCCCUCAGACAAUGUUCCACUAUAACUACAGGAGCAUCGCCUCUGUCACAGUCAGCGAUACAGAAAAGCCGCAAGCCACGCAGCUGGUCGCUGAUCAGAGAGAAGAAAGCAGCACGGACCCUUUGUGCCAUCCUACUGGCCUUCAUUGUGACGUGGACGCCCUAUAACAUCAUGGUGCUGGUGUCUACAUUUUGUGAGGAUUGUGUUCCUGAGAGGCUCUGGCAGUUGGGGUACUGGCUUUGCUAUGUCAACAGCACGGUGAACCCAGUUUGCUAUGCAUUCUGCAACAAGCACUUUCAAGUCACCUUCAAGGCUCUUUUACUGUGCAGGUGGAGGGAGCAGAUGAAGGGGAAAAGAUUUACUUUUUCACAGGACAGCUGCUCAGCUCACUAGAGACUGUGGGUUCCUCUCAUCUUUUAAUUGCACUUCCUUGUUUUCCUUUCCUUGCGUCCUCAGAGAGUGGCGCUAAUGAGAUGAAAGCACAAGGGAAUUUGGCAAAAGAGACGUCCUUGCUCUUUGAAGCGCCAGUUAUUGAGAUGUGUUGCACAACUGCACGGUUACACAGCAUUACACACAGUGUAAUUAAUGAGUAAUUUACCAUCAAUCAAAACAUUUCCCAGGUACAAUGCAUUCUUAAAUGUUGAUUUUCAAGUCUGCAAGGUUCUACACCGUCAACUUACCGAUGGACCUCUCAUAAGAAAAUUCAUGCACAUUUUACCCAUCGUUUUCAUUAAUUCAUUCAUUUUCCAUAACACUUAUCCAUUGCGGGUGGCAGGUGAGCUGGAGCCAAUCCCAGCUAACGCUGGACGAGAGGCAGGGUACACCCUGGACAAGUUGCUAAUCUAUUGCCAGGCUGACACAACCCAUUGUUAAUGUUAUUGUCAUUGUUGCUUUGUGAAUUUGUUAAAACUGUUCAAGUCAGGUAUUUUUGUGCAAAUACAAAGUGUUUAAAAGAAUUUAAAAACCAUGAACACUUGUGGUACAUGUAUGUUUAUUGAAGAAAGGGUAAUAUAAAAGGGACGUAAGACAGCAUCACAUUCAUUACCAAAUACUAACAGACACAAAACUCCACAGUUUGUCAAAUACUUAAAGAAAUGAAGGAAAAAUGCUUUUGAGAAUGUGGACCUUGGCACCAUUAAUUUCUGCAAGUAAAAACUCAACAACAAUAAAAAUGAACUUCCGAUACAUAUAGAUAUUAAAAUACACCAUAAUUUUGUCAGAAUAAGGCCAUGUGAUUUCUUCUGACAUGCACUGUAAACAAGCAAGGGAGGGGGGAAAAAACAACAAUCUGGCAACAGAUAUAACAUAAACCAGCUCUUUAUAUCCAUUAACGAGGAUAUUUAUGGAAAUAAAUCACUUUGUUUA